GAACAAGGCGUGGGUGUACGACGAGUCCAGCUGAUGCGAUGGCCAGCGCCCUAAAGUUUCCUGCAAAGCUCAGCGAGGCUACUGAAGCCGGAGACAAGUUCGUGCGACUAUUCUACGAGACUUUCGAUAAGAGAAGACAGGUCAUCAAAGGACUGUACUCGGAGACGUCGUUUCUGGUGUGGAACGGGCACACAAAGUCCGGAGUCGAAGACAUAAAUACCUUUUACCAGAACCUACCCAGCAGCCAACACAGCAUCCAAUCAUUCGACUGUCAGCCAGUUUCAGAUGACCACAGCCAAACGACUGUGUUGGUGUGUUGUGAGGGAGAGGUGUGUUACGAUGAACGCCAGUCAAACCGCCACACUUUCUCUCAGAACUUUCUAUUAGUCAAACAAUCAGAUGUAUGGAAAGUUGGCAGCGACUGCUUCAGAUUUUUAGAGUAAUUCUCUUCCUCUGACUUCGGUAUUUCUUUCAAGUUCGUGCGAAAUCCAAUUCAAGUGUAGGUGUGCCUUGUGGGUGGUAGAGCACUCUGCUUGUAUAUUAUACUACAGUGUCAUUGGUUAGAGUCUCACCCCGGGCCACUCUUAUUUCCUUGAAAUAGUAUUGUCGUGGGCAUUGUUGAGCUGCUUUUUCUUCAUAAUAAUUAUGAUUCAUGCAAAGAAUAUGUGAUUAGACAACAAAGAUCUUUCCCCGGCAUU